CCCAAGCGCAAGGGUACCCGUACGAUAAUAUACCCGAUACUCGGCCACCAAAGGUCUUUCGGAUUUCGGGAGGGAACUCGUCCUGUGUUACUCUAGGAGUUCAGAUAACCGUCAAGGACUGACCAGGGGUGAACGCUUAGGUGCACAGCGUCAGUUGCACAGCGUCAGUUGCACAACGUCGGCCUCGCUCGUGUCGCCCCGAAACUGCGUACACAAUGCCAGCAUGGCCGAAAAUGCCGACCAUCUACGGAUGAUAAGUAUCGAAGAGGGGAAAGAUUAUCUCCUGGAAAACGACGAAGAGCUGCCCUAUACAUUACUGAAGAACCUGGGUCAUGGACAUAGCGCAAAUGUGGAGAUGGUCAAAGACCAACGCACAGGUGCGGUAUUUGCCCGAAAGGUCUUUCGAUUAGGCGGCUCCAGGAGCGAGAGAGAACGUGUGUUUGAGAACGAGAUCAGGAUCAUUCGGCGCCUCGCACCGCAUCACCACUUCAUCCAAGUUUUCGCCACAUACGUCGCUAAACGCGACAUGGGAUUGAUUCUCAGUCCAGUCGCGAGUCGAGGCGACCUUCACACUUUUCUCCAAGAUGUCCGAGAAAGACCUUGUACUAUCGUUGAAACGCGCAUCUUACAGUCUGCAUUCGGCUGUCUCGCAAGCGGCCUGGAGUUCAUGCAUACUCAGAAUGUCAGGCAUAAGGAUAUCAAACCGCAAAACAUACUCAUUCACAAUGGUACGGUCAUUUACACCGAUUUCGGAUACUCCUUUGACCAUAGUACCGCUGCUAGAAGUACCACAGAAGGUCGACCUGACGCAUUGACUAAAAGGUAUUGCGCCCCAGAAGUCGCUGAGUACGCACCACGCAACUCAAAAUCUGACAUUUUCUCUCUCGGUUGCGUAUUCUUCGAGUUAUACUCAGCGUUGGGACUGUGUGGUCUACCAGAAACAACAACAUGGUAUCAUCUAUGCCUGGAAGAAGUCACUGCACUACUACGAAAUCACAGACCUUGCAAUCGUUCAUUUGCCGCCGCCAGUAAUAUCAUAUGUCAGAUGUUAGACUUACAGCCUGGUAUUCGCCCUCCUGCUGAGGCAGUCUGCAAACGGUUACGCAGACGCGGUAGAAAAUAUUUCUGCAUACAUUGUCGUGCUGCUCAUAACGUAAAUUGUGCCUUUCCAACUGGACUGGACAGGAUGCUUCUUGUAGAGUACCCUGGUCCGGAUACUUUAGAUAUCGAGAUGCAUGAUGAACCUAUCCCAAGCUUCAGAGAGACCCCUCAACCUCGUCAUUACGAUUCUUCGCAUGAUUAUGGUUCGCAACACUUGCGCGUGGGAGACUAUUCUGCAAGCCAACUCCGGGAAGAUAUGUACAUGGACGGACUAGCUUCCGAACAGUCUACCUCAGCUACAACGGAGGAUGCGUGGAUAAUGUUGUAGCCGAGGCUGUUAUCACACAACAACGCCGUCGUCAUAAAAAGACCCGCAAUCAAUAUUGGGGCAUGGAGAUGUGAUGCCACCUAGAUUAGAUUAUAGACCUCUCGUGUUCAACCCCAUCGAAUCCUUUCUAUGCAGGCUUCAAAGUUGCCCGCGUAGCGAAUAUGGACAUGGUUUUGUAAGCUGUGACGUUCUCCAGCAUCAUCUGCAAGUCGUUCACAAAUACAAAGCGGUGUAUAAAUGUGCGGCUCCAGAUUGUAGAUACAGUAGAAUAGUUUGGUCACUACUCAGAGGCUUCAGGAAUCACGUUGCUUGGAAGCAUGGCAGAUACUGUAUGGAUGAAUUUUUGAUCUAAUGGAACACUCGUUAAUAA